GGACUGCGGGCGGCCUGGCAGCCCUGGCUGCCGCUCGGUCUCAGCGCGGGGAUCGGUGUGGGCAGCGUGGCGCAGUCCUGUGGGAGCGGAACCUGUGUCCCACUUACCUCCCUCGGCUCGGGAGGGCAGCGCUUCGCAGCCCACCGCCACAGGGCCCCAGGUCGUCUGCACGGAGCUCCGCGGCGACCCUGCGGGGCCUGCACCGCCGCUCUCGGUGGGGAGACCUGCGCCGUGCCCUAACGCUACAGGUCGGGGGAGGCCGGGACGCGGCCCAGGGCUCGGCCGCCGCCGUUGAGCGGCUGGUGCCCGGGAAUACGCUUGAAGAGCAACGGCCGCGAGUAGCGGUACCGCGCUCUGGAGAUGCGGCAGCAGUGGUGUGGCGGGGUGUGAUUAACCGGCUUCUAACCUCGGUUGAGAAUUGGAUGGCUUGAGUGAGAGCUGAUGGUUCAGAAGAUCGGGGUGGAGGAUUACGACAUGUCUAAAGAAAUGCAAGAACUACAGAAGCAAUGGCACUUCAUCAUGCAGUCCAUCCACAGCAACUCCAAUGUUGUUGCAUUUAUGAAUUCUCGUGUUGGCCAAUAUCUAGAUGACCAUCCUUUCGUUGCCUUAUCACUCCUGAUGUUUAUUGCAGUGUCUGCUGUUCCCAUUGCAUUUUUCUUCAUUUUUGUUGUUACAACAGCCAUAAUGGCCUGUAUUGGUGUGAUAGUCAUGGAAGGUGUUGCAAUAGCCAUAGGUGGUGUAGCCCUUCUUUGUGUGCUGUGUGGCCUGGGUGCACUUUCACUGGGAGUUACUGGAGUACUGAGUGUUUGCUAUGUUUUUCUUUCAACUCUGGUCAACUACUGGUAUGCUUCAAGGGAUCACAUAAAGAAACAAGAAGUUAAUGGAAGUUUGCCACAGAGGAGUUCUUCUGUCUUGAAUCCAUCUGCCAGUAAUGGAAAGAAUGAAUAAGGGGGGGUUCUUCCCCCUUCUUUUAGAGGCACUUGGCUGUGCUGCUCUGACCUUUGUAAUUUGAUUGUUUACUUGUUGAGCAUUCAACUUUUUUGCACUCUUUAAGGGAACUGAAAUAAAAAACCCAAUAUGCAUCUUACAUGGUCAGUGUAAAGCUGUUAAGAAUAACCAUUAAAGAGCAGUGCAUUGCAAUGUUAGAUUCAUGUACAGGGUGGAGUGUUCCACAGGAACGGGUGAAGGAAUGUAAUAAAAACUGCUACUGCUAAGUCAGUGGAAAGGAGGAGUAUGUAGGUAUUUGACUGCUUGUCUGUUACUGGAGUUCUGGCUGCAUUAUCUCCUGAAGUUUGUACACAGCAGUUGGUUGUUUUGCUACACAAGUUUCAAAGCUCAGAAAACCAGAAACGUGUUUUGAAUGUUAAAACAUUUGUAAGCCUUAGCAGCCUUUGCUAAAAUGACAUGAGCACAUCAUGCACAGGCUUUGUAUUCAUUUCAUGAGGAAAAGGGGGGUUUAUUACAUGUUAAGUUGUAGCACAAGCUUUCCUGUGCCUUUUGGUGUAGCUUUAUUCUGAAGGGGUAUCUUCCUUGUAUUUGCCUC